ACUACGUACGGGACAGGAGCCAGUCUAUACCGCGAACAGUAUACAAUCUGAAGUUAGCGCUGAACUGUGUGUGAAGAUCUGCUUUGAUCAACCCCGGCACAAUGUAAUGCAGGCGUUGUGACGGUCCCAGGGACGCUCACAACGGUUGCACGACAACAGAGAACAGGGCUCACGGACGGGUACUGUCAGCCAAGCACCAGUUUGCAUAUGUGCUUCUUGCUUUGUGAUCAUGUUCAAAGUUUCAAACCAAAAGGAGCAGCGAUUGAACAGGAAACCUGGUUGUCGGGAAGACGGCAAGCGCCACACAUGCAGAAUGAAUGGUAAAACUAAGAUCGCAAUCCUCGUUACUUUGGUUGUGGCUCUUUUGGGACUGGCAGUCAGUAAAUGGAACCUGAUAAGGGAGGGAGUCGGGCCGACUCAAGAUGGAGAAAACCCAUCCAUACCAGGGUGGUACAGAACGGGUGCUGUUGCCACGGAUGUGGGACUGUGUUCGAAGAUGGGACGGGAUAUCCUUAAACGUGGAGGUAGUGCUGUUGAUGCGUCCAUAACCAGCCUCCUCUGUGUGGGUGUGGUAAACGCUCACACCUCCGGUCUUGGAGGGGGCAUGUUUAUGCUCAUAUAUCACAAGAGUACAGGCAAGGCAGAUGCUCUGAUGGCUCGGGAGAGGGCGCCUGCAGCAGCUACAGUAAAUAUGACAAAGGUGGAUCGAUAUCUAGAUACAGCUGUGCCAGGUGAGUUAAGCGGUAUGUGGGAAGCGCACCAGCGUUACGGCUGCCUACCGUGGAGAGAACUGUUUCAGCCCGUGAUCCAGCUAGCAGAGGAGGGGUUCCCGGUCACCGAACAUAUAACAAGGGGAUUCCGGUUCAUUGACAAGAACAAGUACAUUCCCGACUUGGCACGAUAUCCACAUUACAAAGGGCUCAUGGCCAGGUACUUGGAUCCGGCAACCGCCCUUUGGAAAGUGGAGGGGGACAUCGCUUAUGCCCCGAGGUUAGCCCGAACGUUACGGGCUAUUGCUAUGAACGGAGCCAGCGAACUCUACUCCGGGGAAACCAGCCGCCUGCUUUUCCAGGAUGUACAGGAGAGAGGUGGGUUUUUGACAGCAGCUGAUUUAGAAAGCUACAGCGCAGAAUGGAGGGAGGCACCGGCUGUGUCUAUCGGCCGGGGGAUGACUGUACUAUCAACUCCGUCACCAUCCAGUGGGCCCCUGGUGCAAUUCAUUCUUAGCAUUGUAAAACAUCGUAAUAUGUCCUCGGCUGAUUUUGAGUCUGCCCCCGACAAGGCAAAGGUGUAUCACUGGUUCGUCGAAGCCUCAAAGUUUGCUUUCGCCUUGAAGCCGUACUUAGGAGACGUCGAAACUCUGGAACUUCAAAAGGUCUUGGAAAAGCUUCAAUCGGACGAGCACGCCCGGAGCAUCUUCUCACGGAUCCAGGAGGACGGAGUGACCUUCACCAACGCCUCUGACUACGGAGAGCUCGGCAGUAAUGGCGUCCAAGAAGGUGGCUCCACCUCUCACAUUAGUGUCGUGGACCAGUUUGGAAAUGCCGUGUCUGCUACGAGUUCCAUUAACAAGUAUUUUGCAAGUGGACUUUCAAGAAGGACGGGUAUGAUCUUGAACAACCAGAUGCUAGACUUCACUACCCCGGAAGACCAACCAGUAUCAUCGGCCAAUUACAUCGCCCCUGGCAAGAGGCCCUUUUCUGCCAUGGCGCCGAUGAUCGUCCUGAAUGAGAAUAAAGAAGCUGAGUUGAUUGUGGGCAGUUCUGGUAGCAGUGCAAUUAUAAAUAUCAACGCUUGGACAAUCUUACGUGCAAUAUUUACGGAUGCCAGUCUACAAGAAAUCAUCGAUGAAAGGCGGCUUAACCACGACCUGCAAUCAGAGAAUGCUAUUAUACACGAAAAAGGAUUCCCCCAAGAGGUAAUAGACAACUUAAAGGCCAUGGGUCACAAGACGAAGAUGAGACGAUACAUGUCGGUGGUUCAAGCCAUUCGGAGACUGGAUAACGGGUGGAUGGCCUAUAGUGACCCCCGAAAACAAGGCUACGCAGCUGGUUACUGACGUCCGUGUCGCGGUGCUAGUUACACCACAUACAACAUUUUUGAACCACUCUUCUCUUCUCGAAUUUCUUUGGUCGGUCUUAUUAGUUAGUACUUUAAAGUAAUAGAGUCGACAAAACAAACUGCUAUUGUGAAUGUCAAAUUUUUAUUAUGUCCUCUGAUCUAAUCAAAAAUAUUUAUUUGUAUGAGAUACAAAAAUGUGAGCAAGAUUAGAUUUUAAAAAGUUAUUCAGUCCUGGACAGGAUAUAUAGUGUAAUUAGUCCAUCUCAGAAAUUCUUCACAUUUACAGAAACCCAACUCAUUGCCUAGAG